CUUGUUGCCCCCACCAACUUUCUUUGGUCCCCCAAUUACCAAAUUCUGCCAAGCAACUUUUUCCUCCUACCUUUUCUAGAGAGAGAAAACUCAUCAUUCAUCAUAUUCAUUACUCAAUCUCUCUCUUUCUCACAUACAAUACUGAAAAAAAAAAGCACCAAAAAAUAACAAAAUACUCCCUAUUCUUCCCAACCCAAUAUUCAUAUUCCUGUAAAAAAACAACAUCACAAAAACUAGAGAUAGAAAACAAACAAACAGACAAAGAAGGUGAAAACUUAGAGAGAGAAUAAUGUCUGAAGUUUGUAGUGGAUUAUAGGGGGCAUACUUACAACAUAUGGUCUCUCAUUUGCUUAGCAACUCUUCUUCCAAUCCCUUUCUUACUACUUUCUCUCUCCUCUUUUUCCUCGUUUUCCGCCACUUUUUUGGGCAUCCCCAACUUUUUAUCUUUACCUUUUUUGGGUUGCUUCACUUUUCCGGCGACUUCGCCGGAAAAACCCACUACCCUUUUCACCGGAGCUCCGAUCUUUAGCUCAUAAGUUUGAGCUCACUUUCAUUUAUAUUCCCACUUAAUUGAUCUUAUUAGUCUCUUUAUUGGUUGUUUUUCUCUCUCCUCUGAGCUCAGAUCGCCGGAAAAAAUGAAGACUACAGUGACUUCAAACUCAGUUUCACAGCCUACUAAUAGUCCCUCUGAAGGAGAGAAGAAAACCAUCAACCCGGAGUUAUGGCAGGCGUGUGCAGGUCCUCUGGUAAAUUUACCGGCAGCUGGGACCCACGUUGUGUAUUUUCCACAAGGUCAUAGUGAACAGGUGGCAGCAUCUUUGAAGAAGGAUGUGGAUACUCAGAUACCAAAUUAUACGAAUUUGCCUUCGAAGCUACUAUGCCUACUUCAUAAUGUCUCAUUGCAUGCAGAUCCAGAAACUGAUGAAGUAUAUGCUCAGAUGACACUCCUACCAGUUCCUUCUUUCGAUAAGGAAGCCUUGUUGAGGUCUGAUCUUUCGUUGAAAGCACACAAACCACAGACGGAGUUUUUCUGCAAAACUCUGACUGCCAGUGAUACUAGCACCCAUGGAGGCUUUUCUGUACCACGACGAGCAGCAGAAAAGAUUUUCCCUCCUCUUGAUUUCUCUAUGCAACCACCUGCUCAAGAACUAGUGGCCAGGGACUUGCAUGAUACUUUGUGGACCUUUCGCCACAUAUAUCGCGGACAACCUAAACGGCACCUUCUAACAACAGGAUGGAGUCUAUUUGUUAGUGGGAAGAGACUUUUUGCAGGUGACUCAGUUUUGUUUAUCAGAGACGAGAAACAGCAUCUUCUUUUAGGCAUUAGGCGAGCUAACCGACAACCAACUAAUUUAUCUUCAUCAGUGCUCUCUAGUGAUAGCAUGCAUAUUGGUAUCCUUGCAGCUGCUGCGCACGCAGCUGCAAAUAACAGUCCAUUUACAGUUUUCUAUAAUCCAAGAGCUAGCCCAUCGGAGUUUGUGAUUCCGCUUGCAAAGUACUACAAGGCUGUUUAUGGUCAACAAGUAUCUCUUGGAAUGCGAUUUAGGAUGAUGUUUGAAACUGAAGAAUCAGGAACUAGAAGGUAUAUGGGUACAAUUACAGGUAUCAGUGACCUUGACUCUGUACGCUGGAAGAGCUCACAGUGGCGUAAUUUACAGGUUGGUUGGGAUGAGUCAGCUGCUGGAGAAAGGCGGAAUAGGGUUUCCGUUUGGGAGAUUGAACCUGUAACAGCUCCAUUUUUCAUAUGUCCUCCACCAUUCCUCAGACCAAAGCGUCCAAGGAUACCAGGAAUGCCAGAUGAUGACCCUGACGCCGACAAUCCAUUCAAGAGGACAAUGCCAUGGCUUGGAGAUGAUCCAAAUGCUUUGACAGGCUUGAACUUAAUGCAGUGGAUGAACAUGCCACAAAAUUCAUCUUUGGCUAAUUCGAUGCAGGCAAAUUUUCUGAAUACUUUACCUGGCUCCACAGCUUUCCAAGGGCUUCCUGGUUCUGAUCUAUCCCGUCAACUAGGAUUUACUGCACCACAGAUUCCUCAGCAAAAUAACUCACAGUACAAUGCUCAGAGACAAGUACAAUCAGUUCAGCAGCUUGAUCAGCUCCAGAAAUCAUCAGGCUCUUCAAACCCAUUAAAUUCUCUUAUACAGUCACAGCAACAGUUAUGUGAUGUCACUCAGCAACCAAGACAAAGCUUGAUCAAUCAAACCCUAACUUCAAGUCAAGUCCAGUCGCAGCUACUGCAGUCUCAGGGUCUUGUACAACAUCAAAACUCACUUCAACAGUCAUCGCCUCUUCAGAACCAUCAAUUCCUGGGAAACCUGCCGCUACAACAGCAGCAAACUUCGGGAUCCAGUCAGCAACAAAGUUUACAUCAAUUGCAACAAGUUACUGAUAACCAGUAUCAGCUUCACCUAUUGCAAAGGCUUCAGCAGCAACAGCAGUCACUCUUAACUCAGCAGUCUGCAAUGCAGCAGACAAAUCAAAUGAACCAACUCCAAGAACCGCAAAGACCUCUGCUAGAUGUAUCUCAAAGCUUUUCUAGAUCGUUGCCAUCAUCGCGAAUGUUGGAUAUGCCUCAAGUACAAAUGACAUCUCUUCCUCAAUCGCAGAUCACACCAGAGCAAAUGAUUAGGAGUAAUAGUCAGACCAACUUGCACUUCUCUCAAACACCUCCAAUACCAAAGCUCUCGCAGCAGCAGUCUGGUGUGAUGCCUGAACUUCAAAGUCAGCCAGGAGUUGCACGAAAUCUUAUGUCAAAUCAUCCUUCUACUGCAGCAAGUAGCAGCUUCACAGGUGCUGCUGCAGGUGGGCAAUCGGCUUUGACUGAUGAUAUUCCAUCAUGUUCUACUUCACCUUCGACAAACAAUGAUCCUAAUGGCCCUCAGACAAUCAUGAACAGCAGGAGUCACCGAAGCUUUGCCUUGGGAGAGGGUAUAAAUCAGCCUUCUGCUAAUCUUAUGAGUUGUAAUGGUUUGGAAGCUAUGGCAGCUCAAAACUCAUUCAAAGAAUUGCAUCAGAAAGCUGACGUCAAGCCUUCUGUCAACAUCACCAAGGUUGAAACCCAAGGACAUUUAACCCGGCAAACAUAUCCAAAUAUCCCUAUGGAUUACUUGGAUACAUCCUCCGCAAAUUCAGCUUCUCUUUCUCAAAACGAUAUGUUAAGUCAGACCAAUCUGUUAUCUAAUCCACAAUCAAGUUUCUUAGGGGAUACAGUUCAAGAUUUGGAGGUACAAGCUGAUGUUAGAAACAAUAUUCACACAGGGGCAAGUAUUAAUGGUCAACUGGGGGCGUCCUUGGUUCCUGAUGCUAUGCUGACAAAAAAUGUACCUAGUUCAGAUAAGAAAUACUCAAACAAUGUCUCUUCUGGCUGUAUGCUCAGUACUUAUGAAAACUCAAAAGAUGCUCAACAGGAGCUCUCAUCCUCAAUGGUCACCCAGUCAUUUGGUGUGCCAGAUGUGGCAUUCAAUUCAAUUGAUUCUGCUAUAAGUGAUAGCAGUUUUAUGAAUAGGGGAGCUUGGGCCCCAGCUACACAGUAUCAGCGAUUGCGGACUUAUACAAAGGUUUACAAGCGUGGAGCUGUAGGUAGAUCUAUUGAUGUUACUCGCUACUCGGAUUAUGAGGAGCUUAAACAAGAUCUGGCUCGGAUGUUUGGUAUAGAGGGACAGAUGGAAGAUCGGGGGAGAGUUGGCUGGAAACUUGUAUAUGUGGACCAUGAGAAUGAUGUCUUGCUCGUGGGGGAUGACCCUUGGGAGGACUUUGUGAACUGUGUUCGCUGUGUAAAAAUUCUAUCUCCUCAAGAAGUCCAACAAAUGAGCCUUGAUGGUGAUUUCGGGAAUGCUUCUCUACAUAAUCAAGCGUGUAGUAGCUCCGAUGGUGGAAAUGUAUGAAUUUUAGAGCCAUGCUUCUACCAGCUAUACAGCUACCAUAUCUUUGCAGACUGAUGUAGAAAAUAGAGAGUUAGCCUUGGCAUAUACUUUGUUUUAUACAUUGCUCACUUCUACGGCGCAAGCCAAGUUUUCGCCUGGAUGUAGGAACCAAUUUUCCCCUCUUGGGGGCAAGUCUUUUGUAAUCUAUCAUAAUUGGCAAAUAGGUAAGAAAGUAAGGAACAUUAUAUGAUCUACAGGAAAAUUAGUCUGCGCCUUUGCCUUUAAA